AUGAGUGACAGUUAUAAUCGCGAUUAUACUAACAGAAGGAGACGUAGCGACAGUGGAAGUGGUGGCGGAGGUGGAAGUAACAGUGGAGGCGGUGGAGGUAGCACUAGAGGUGCUGGUAGUACCAGCGGGGGUGGCGGAGGAAGCCGCCGAGGAUUUGGAGGUGGUGGCGGCGGUGGAGGAGGUGGCGGAGGAGGAGGAGGAGGAGGUGGUGGAAGUUACAGAGGUUAUGGAAAUCGCAAAUAUGGAAGUGAUAGUAGAGAUAGACGUAAUGGUGGUGGAUAUCAACGUAAAGAAUGGAGUAAUUCUUAUCGCGAUAGUCGUGGAAGAGAUGGUUCACGUAGUAAUGGUUCUUAUCAUGGGAACUAUGAUCGACAGAGCACAACUGUCAUGCAUAUUCAGCAACAGCAUGUUGGUAAAAUUAUAGGACGUGGUGGUUCUAAUAUUAAAGAUCUUCAAGCUCAGAGUAAUGCUCGCAUUAAUAUUGAUAAAUCUGGGUACAGAGAUGGCAUUCCUGUAACAAUAACAGGAUCUCCGGAGGCUCGACAAAAAGCUAAACAUCUCAUUGAAGAUGUUAUUAAUGAUAGAUCUUCAUACGGCUCUGGAAAUGAUCGUGGGUCAUCUUACAGUUCAAGACGAAGUGAUCGAGGGCCUUAUUAA